CCAUGCCAUGCGCAUACAUGGGAUGCAUGUUCCACACGUUAGCACAUAACGGAAAGGUGAGAGAGAAGAAUACCAUUUGACUUCAUUCGAGAGAGAGAGAGAAGGAGAGAGAGAGGAAUGAAGAGAAUUCAAUCCGAUCGAAUACAGCUUUGACGUCCGCAAGGACGACACACACCAACACACUCUCUAAUUUCCUCUCUGUACGCACACAACACAACACAGCUAAGAAGGAACAGGUCAUUGGCACUGCCAGUGUUCGAAGACGAGGAGGAGAAAAAGAAAAAGGGUACAAAUUUCCCAUGUAGAUGCGUCGUUCUUGAUACAGAAGCAGGAAGGUAGAGAACCCACCACCCAGAUAUCGUGAGCAGGGGAAUAGAGAGAAGAGUUUCGUAAAUUUCGUUAACAGUGAUUUCAGAAAGAGUGGCGAAGACAGAGUGCUGAUACUUGUAAAUUUCAAUUCCAGCUUUCGUAUAGGGGAUCGUUGAUUUGGUCGCCGUUAAGUAUCGACCGAGGGCUGUUCAAAGAUGUUUCUUUUCGAAUUCUUCAGCUUCUUUUGCCUUCGUUGGUUCUUUCUUGUCAAAAAAGGCUCGUCCUUUACCGUGUGAAUGAGUUAAUGAGCUUCUCUUUUGGGGUUUUGGAUGGGAAUUCGAGCGUGAACAGAUGAUGAAUGGGUCGCUACUUUCAUGGAAAACCCAUGCAAGAGCCAAUUGAGGAUUUCUUGUCACCUGGAGAUAUUGAAUUUGUAGAAUGCUCAAGAGAAAAGCUUGUUCCUUACCCUCGUGCGUAUGUGGUUUAUGGAUUUUGUUUGGAGGUACUCAACAGCAAAUGCUUCGACGAAAAGCUCGGCCGUUUCUGUUGGUGCACAAGAAGGAACCUCACUCCCAUAGCUUGGAACACGAGGGUGAAAUUUCCUAGGGUUAAGCAUCACUAGUUUUCCUACUAACUUUGUGUAACAAGUUCAUGCAAUUUGAGAUUUUUUUAAUACAGUUGUUUAGUUCAUUAUAGUUCAUAUUUUCGCGAAGAGGUCAUUUUCAUAAACUGACAGUGCAAAAGAUGGUACCUUCGGGGCCGAGCACGCCCAUUGGUGGUGCCCAGUCUGUCUCACCUUCACUUUUGCGAUCAAAUUCGGGUAUGUUAGGAGCCCAAGGCAAUGCUGUGCCUUCUCCAAUGACGUUUUCGAAUGUUGUGCCACCACGAGCUCAGAUUAGUGGGUUGAAUGUGCUUGGGAAUAUGUUGAAUGCGUCGUCUGAGCUUGGCCAAUCAUUUGGAAAUGGUGGUCAGAAUCCAGCUGUUGCUGCUUCUGGAAGUAACCUGCACGGAGACAUCAAUUCAGCAGCAGAGUCUGAUCCAUUGUCAUCUAUAGGCAAUGGAAUGGGUUUCAACACCCCUUCUUCAACAUUGGUCCCUUCGAACAUUGUUAAUCCUGGUACAUCUGGUCCAGUCCCAGGAAAGCAAUUUUUGAACCCACCGGGUAACCAAUUGAUGCCGGAUUAUUCCCUGUCCCAACCCCAGCCUCAAUCUUUUGAUCAGCAGAAUUUCCAACAAGCAAGUCAGCAGUCAAUGCAACAGGUCUCCAACCAGGUCAACACAUCACAGCCGUCACAGCAGCAGUUCCAGUCAACUCAUGGAGCAUUGGCUGGCGUAGGACCCGUUAAAUUGGAGCCGCAGAUGGGCAGUGAUCAGCUAGUGCAACGGCUGCAACAGCCAAUGCGGUCGCUGAGGAAUCCUGGACCUGUAAAAUUAGAGCCACAACAGAUUCCGAACAUGAGAAACCUAGCACCUGUAAAAGUCGAACCACAGAACUCGGACAUGUCCCUAUUACAUCAGCAGCAGCAGCAGCAAGUUUUGCACUUGCAGAGGCAGUCUCCUCAAGCUGCGGCCCAGAUUAAUCUCUUAAACCAACAAAGACUCUUGCUCCAGCAACAGCAACAGCAACAACUCAUGAAGGUGAUUCCCCAGCCACGGGCUCAAUUGCCUCAGCAGUAUCAGCAGCAGAACUUGCCCUUGAGAUCUCCCGCGAGACCCGCAUAUGAACCUGGGACAUGUGCACGCAGGCUUACCCGCUUCAUUUACCAGCAGCAACGUAGGCCAGAGGACAAUAAUAUCGAGUACUGGAGAAAGUUCGUAGCUGAAUUCUUUGCUCCCAAUGCCAAGAAGAAAUGGUGUGUCUCUAUGUAUGGAAAUGGUCGGCAAGCAACUGGAGUUUUUCCACAGGAAGCUUGGCAAUGUGAAAUAUGCAAUCGCAAACCAGGCCGAGGAUUUGAAGCAACUUUUGAGGUCCUUCCUAGGCUUUUCAAGAUAAAAUAUGAAAGUGGUACUUUGGAAGAACUACUUUAUGUCGAUAUGCCACGGGAGCAGGAAAACUCAUCCGGUCAAAUUGUCCUGGACUAUGCAAAAGCGAUCCAAGAAAGCGUUUUUGAGCAGCUUCGAGUUGUUCGUGAUGGUCAACUUCGAAUUGUUUUCUCUCCCGACCUGAAGAUAUGCUCUUGGGAAUUUUGUGCAAGGCGUCAUGAAGAACUUAUUCCUCGAAGAUUGCUGAUACCUCAGGUUAGUCAGUUAAGCGCCGCAGCUCAAAAGUACCAAGUGGCUACCCAAAACGCAUCAUCUAAUUUAUCUGUAUCAGAGUUGCAGAAUAAUUGCAACAUGUUUCUUUCAUCUGCUCGGCAAUUGGCAAAAGCUCUUGAAGUGCCGUUAGUAAAUGAUCUAGGAUAUACGAAAAGAUAUGUACGGUGUCUCCAGAUAUCUGAAGUAGUUAAUAGCAUGAAAGAUUUAAUUGAUUACAGCAGAGAAACAAGAACAGGACCCAUGGAAAGCCUGGUCAAGUUCCCUCGCAGAACAAGUCUGCAAUCUCGGGGUGACAAUGUACCUUUACAGCCUGAGCAACAACACCAGCAGCGGCAAACAUCUGCUCAGACCACAAGCAGAGAUCAAAAUUCUGUCCAGGCCAGUGCAACGCAAAUUCCUGCACACAGUGGUGGGGUCAGUGUAAAUAACCCUGUCAAUGCGGCUUCCUCUUCUGCAUCUUCCAGCGCCAUUGUUGGACUUCUACACCAGAAUUCAAUGAACUACAGAAAGCAAAGUCCUUUGGCUAAUGUGGGUAGCCCUUACAGGGGAGCUGGUGGGGUCCAUAAUCCUUCUCCUGGUUCCUCCUCUACAGCUCCUCCAGCACAGCCGAACACGUCCUCAUACCAACCACCUACACCAUCCACACCCAACAAUCCAAUGCAAGGUCCCCAUAAUGCCCCUCCUGCUAUUUCCAGCGAGGGCGAUGCCAAUGAUAACCAAAGCUGUGUCCAGAAGAUCCUGCAAAACAUGAUAUCGGGCCAACUAAAUGGUUCAGGUGGUAUGGUUGGCGUCGGUUCUAUGGGGAGCGAUUUGAAAAGUGUUAACGGUCUUUCGCCAACUUGCGCUAAUAUGGGCCAGAAUAGUACCGGGGGCUUUGUCGGGAAUGGGCCCACCAGCAGUAACCCUGGUUUUGGAAGUUCUGGGUAUGGCACCAUGGUUGAGGGAAUGGGCCAGGGCCAGUCUGCAAUGGUCAGUGGCCUCAGGAGCGCAAUGGCUAAUGGUUCACUUAUGAACGGACGGGUGGGAAUGAUGCCGAUGGUCAGGGGACAAAGCAUAAAUCAUCAACAGGACUUGAGCACUCAGCUUCUUAACGGGCUAGGAGCUGCUAAUGGCUUUACCGAUCUUCAGUUCGAUUGGAAACCAUCCCCUUGAACAGUGUGGAGAAGCGAUGAAUGGGUUAUUGUUAGCAGAGAACAUCAUUAGACAUGGCAUGAACGCCAUCAGCCCCGUAGGAGAUCAUAUACCUGGUGAGAUAGAUUUUAGGGGCUUCCUCUACUUUCAACCUAAUUCCAGAGAAACAGCAAA